UAAAUGAAAAGGAAAAAAUGGAGUGUUUUGGGGUUUGAGCGUGCAUGUGGGACCCAAAACCCACGGGAGACUCCCGCCAUCAUCGCGUCCCAGCCCAGUCCUCCUUCUCAUCAAAUCAAUUCUCCAAAUGCAAAAACUCAAUACACAAAACACACAUUCACUCACUCACUCACACCUUAAAUUAUCAUAUUAAUAUUAAUAUUUACUAACAAAAACCCAACACACUAAGCUAACAAAAACCCAAUACAAUACACCUCCAUUGAAGAAGAAACGAGAAAAAGAAGAAGAAGCUCCUUCAAACUUCACUGAAACAUAUAUAUAUAUAUAUAUUAUAAUAGAUGAAAGGCAAAGCUAAGACUCACAAAACCAAGUUUGGCCCUUCCAUUCUCUUCCUUCUCUGUUUUCUCUUCUUUCUUCUUGGUUUCUUUCUCUCUAAUCUUCUCUAUCAGGAUGUUCCUACUGUACGGCUACCCAGUUCGAGAAUUCUUAAAUCGGUUGGGGAGAAUCUAGAGCCCAUGGUCCAUGGCCAGACUGGAGAGAGUUCUAUUCAAGUGAUUCCAUUCCAGAUCUUAAGCUGGAAACCUCGAGCUCUUUACUUUCCAGGAUUUGCAACUGCGGAACAAUGCCAAAAGAUAAUUGAGAUGGCGAAAGUUAAUCUUAAGCCUUCUACUUUGGCUUUGCGAAAGGGAGAAACUGAUGAAAGCACAAAAGGAACUAGGACAAGUUCAGGCACCUUUAUUAGUGCAUCUGAAGACAAGACGGGAAUUUUGAGUGUUAUUGAAGAAAAGAUUGCUAGGGUUACAAUGCUACCAACAACACACGGAGAGGCUUUCAAUAUUUUGCGGUAUGAGAUUGGCCAGAAGUAUGAUUCUCACUAUGAUGCAUUCAACCCAGCAGAAUAUGGCCCACAAAAGAGCCAGAGGGUUGCUUCCUUUUUAUUAUACUUAACCGAUGUAGAAGAGGGUGGAGAGACCAUGUUUCCUUUUGAGAAUGGCUUAGAUAUCAGUUUUGGGUUUGAUUACAAAAAGUGCAUUGGUUUGAAAGUGAAGCCUCGGCGAGGUGAUGGCUUACUAUUUUAUUCAGUGUUUCCAAAUGGCACAAUCGAUCAGUUGUCUCUCCAUGGAAGCUGUCCAGUAAUCAAGGGGGAGAAAUGGGUUGCAACCAAAUGGAUUAGAGAUGAAGAGGAUGACUAAUUUUAUUUUUGACCUCGAUUCAAUUCCAUCUAUUGUAAUAUCCUCAAUUUUGAAAUUUUGGAAUGUCUUCCAGUGUGGAACAAGUGGUUAUUCUCACAUUUAGACUCUGAUGAAUAAAUUUGAACCACUGUUCUUCCAAGUGUAUGAUUAAAUUAGAGAAUACAGAGAAACCUACAUGUAGUGAUUGUAAUCAA